UUUGCUCAUAUUUAUUGCAACAUCGUGUGCGUGGACGGUGCGUGUUGGCAUUUAAUCUGAAAUAACUCUCUCAAAAUGAGGGUUGAAAAGUGUUAUUUUUGUUCGAGUCCAAUAUAUCCUGGACAUGGAAUCCAAUUCAUUCGGAAUGACAGUAAAACCUUCAGGUUUUGCCGAGGUAAAUGCCACAAAGCAUUCAAGAGGAAGAAGAACCCAAGGAAGGUGAGAUGGACCAAGGCUUUUAGGAAAGGAGCAGGAAAAGAAUUGGCUGUGGAUAAUUCAUUUGAGUUUGAGAAGAGGAGAAAUAUCCCAGUGAAAUACAGUAGAGAACUGUGGCAGAAGACAAUUACAGCCAUGGCUAGGGUAGAUGAGAUCAAACAGAGAAGAGAAGGCCAACAUAUUAUAAACAGAUUGAAGAAGGGCAAGGAGCUGAGAAAGCAGAGAGAUAUCCAAGAAGUCAAAAAGAGCAUCCAUCUUAUCAAAUCUCCUGCUGCAGGUCUCAAGAAGAGGAGAGAAGAAGAGGUCCAAGUUAUCGAGGAGCAGGAUGAAGAGAUGGCAGAGGCAGAAGAGAAUUGAACCUAGAACCUUUCAAUAAUGUACAUUACGAACACCACAAUACCUGGACAAUAGAAGGAGACUGAACUUCCAAGAUGUCUCUGACAUAGACUUUUGUUCUCAAAUCAAUGAUAUAUUGGAGUUGUGAAGACAUGAGCUGCUUCAGAAUGUACUUGUAAAUGAAACAUGGAUGAAUAUUAUUCCA